AUGUCUUUAUUCUUUCUUUCUUUAUCAUUUUUUUCGGAAUUUUUCGCGUCAAAUGUGUCCAUCUCACCAUAUUACCUGACGAAUGCCCUUGGUCAAGUAUGUAAGACAUGAUUAUGUUUAGAAUCUUUCCCUAAAUCAGGACUUUUACUCAUCCUCAUCUUGUUCAUUUUGGUGGUAAACUAUCGUGAGAAAAGGAAUAGAUGCUCUGUUUAAACUUGCUCAUAGCAAAAACUGGGUCAGAUGGGUUUCAGGUGUUUCACUAUCCUGGGUUUUGUACCAGUUAUGUUUAUCUUUGGUAUCAAAAUUGUAUCAAAAAAGUUUGCAGAUAGUUUGUGUAUUAUCGUCUAACCAUAAAAUGAAAAUUUUCAGGGUUUUUCUUCUUCAGCCUGUGCGAGCUUCAUUGUGAAAAUCUCAAACCCCAAGCUUCUGCCUAUUGGGUCUAAAAGGCUUCUUCAACUUGGAGACAGAGCCAGUUUUUUCCUUCAUCCAAGCGGCUUCCCUUCUGUCAACUCGAGGACAUCUAGGAGAUACAUAUGUGCCGAAUCUGGGAAACAGAAUUGGGAUCUCGGCAGAUUUCUCAAAACUCUCUACUUUUUUAAUGGGCCUCCAUCUCCUUCAAAGGUCAAAUCUUUUAACCUUGGUUAAUGACCACAGAGUUUUAAUUUUUUGGGUGAUUUGCCUAAUUGAGUUCUUUUGCGCAUACAGUUCAUUGAAUCUAUCAUUUCAACGCUUUCAAGCGGAACAUCCAGUGAACCGCAGAGGGCAAUGGCAACUUCUGAUGUCAUCUUGGUGGUUGGAGCCACUGGUGGUGUUGGUCGAAGGGUUGUAAAUAUUUUACGUGAGAGAGGAUAUCUCGUUAGAGCACUGGUAACAUUCCAUUUUAUUACUAAUUUGCCUUAUUAACUGCUUGGAUAUUUGGUAUACUUAAAAAUCUGUGUCCAUAUAAAAAAAUAUUCCUCCUUGCCAAGCACCACCUCUUACACUGUUUAUUCUCUGAGUGCUUUCCACCAACUUUUGUCACAUGAAAUUUUUAUUACUGAAUGAAUCAUUCAUUCAUUGAGGAGUUUUAGUAUCCAGUAACAAUUCUGGGAUAAGUUAUUUCUCUUCUACCACUUUUUCAAUCUUAGGUCAGAAAUAAGGAGAAGGCGAGAGCUAUGCUAGGUGCUGAUGUAGACCUGGUGAGUGGUCUUUCCUAUUUUAUUUCAUUUCUUAAUAACUUCCUCAUAUCUGUCCAUCAUAAAUAAUAACUUAUGAAAAUAUUUUUCGGAUGUUUUGCCUCUGGAAACAACUGAAUCCUUGUCGCUGUCAGUGAAGCAAGUGUCUGAUCCGCAUGCAUAAUUGUGGAUUUGAAACCAUGAAGAUUAGUGGAUCCAAAUGUCCCUAGUUUCUUCAUCCAGGGAGGUUUCGACACCCAGUUGGUGAAAUAUGUCCCUCAGCUCCAGUUAUGACCAUACACGUGUAUCCUCUCAUUUGAAGGCAAGAUUUGUAGGCAAGAUUUGUAGGCCUAUGUGAUUGCAGUUAGGCAUUAGAAUUUCUUUUUGGAGAUGAGAGAACAGCAACCAAGUGAGAGAGAGAGAGAGCACAAAACUUGCCAUAGUUGGUUUUUACUCUAUAAAAGAGUAUGGUGCCCAUCUUACACUGUUGAUGUUAUGGCCGCACUCUUAUCACGUGUUUUGAAUUAUUCUUCUUAUAACUAUUUUUCAAUCACUGAUGCUUACUUAUUGGCCAAGUUCAGAUUGUUGCGGACAUUACAAAAGAGAGUACACUAGACCCUGAAUACUUUAGAGGAGUGAGAAAAGUCAUCAAUGCUGUAUCCGUCAUUGUUGGUCCAAAAGAAGGGGACACUCCUGACAGAGCAAAAUACAGCCAAGUAUGGUAUUAAACGCUGAUCACAAAACAUGUUUUAGUUGUGUAACUGAUGCAAGUUACUUCCCAUAGUUCGUGUCUGCCAACCUGUGCAUUUUUUAUUUUUGUACUGCUGUCUAUGGGAUGGUAGAUCCGCCUUUUUUUUUUUUUUGCACUAUAGAACUUCGAUAAUCUUGCUUCUUUAGUAAUUGAUGCUUUUUGACAUAUGUGAAUAUCUUCUUUCAGGGAAUCAAGUUCUUUGAACCUGAGGUGGCAGAACGAUCUUUCAUAUCUUGUUCUAAGAGUUUGAUUUAUUUUCAGUGAAGUUUUGUUGUUACUUUAUCAGUGCCUUUUCGUAUGGUAUGUGUGUGCCAUUUUUUUAUCUCUGAGGCUGUCACUUCCUUCUCUGUUAUUAGAUAAAAGGAGAUUCCCCUGAAACGGUAGAGUAUAUUGGGAUUAAAAACUUGCUUGCUGUUUUGAAGAGCACUGUAGCACUGCGUGAUGGAAGAGUGCUUUUUGGAUUUGAUGGUAUAUGCCUGCCUCAACUAUUAUUCAUCUCUCUCUCUCGCUAUAUAUAUAUAUACAUACAUACAUAUAUAUAUAUAUGCACAUAUGUCACGCCUACUAUGAUAACUCCAUGUCUUGAACUGUAAAGGGGCAUAUUUAUGUUGUCAGAAUGUAGUCAUGUUUAAAUAUAGCAGUGAUGUAAUGUUUAACGUUUACAGGCUAGUGGACAAUGAAAGAGGUCGAUGUUCAAAGUACAUAAACAUUUCAUUAAAAUGGUGAUACUGCAAUGAAACCUUGAAUAAGGGCAUUUCUAUUAAACCAUGGUUGAGACCAGAUUUUUUCUUGCAGAAAAGGUUGUAAUUGAAAUUAUGGUUCUAAACUAGUAUGUCAGAUCAGAUUUAGAAUGAUUUUUGUUGAUUAAAAUGGGGAUCAAUUUGAAUCGGAAUUCGUGAUUUGGUAUUCCAAAUCAGUGAGGGGCUCGUCAUAUGCGUUUAUCGAAGUUAUUCACUUUUUAUUCUUUGAUACUGUAGGCAAUCAAUUAGGGCAGGUGUCUUGGGGUGCUCUUGAUGAUGUUGUUAUGGGAGGUAUUAGCGAAAGUACCUUUGUAGUUGAUUCAACUGGUGGUGAGAAUGGAGGUCCGACCGGAGUUUUCAAAGGUCAUAGUUUUUUUCUCCUUCUUACAAGUUUUCCGUAAUUAUUCUCACUGCAUGAGUUCGAUCACAUUUACCGUCUCCAAUGUCUUCUAUUUGUUUAUCUCAGGCACUGUCUCUACAGCCAACAAUGGAGGUUUCACUAGUAUCAGGACAAAGGUACCGAGAUAUUUGAUGUUUCCCAUUUUAUAUGUGAUAGCUCGUAAAUGAGCAGAACUUGCUUCAGGAUUAACUCUAUUCCUCUUGCUAGCAGUUAAGCAAUCAGUGAAGGCUAGUUAUGCUUAAAGCUUUCCAUUCAUGAAUCUCGGACAAUAUUCCCUGCUUGAAACAUUUGUGAUCCUACAAAUGAAACAUGUUUAAGGGCGCUGGAUAAACCUCUGAGUUCUUUUGUGGUAGUAUCACCUGUUCCAUAACCUAUGGUGAUAUUUAUUUCAAAUAUUUUUCUCUAUUUUAUUAGCGUUUACAUUAUGAUAAUUUUUUGUCAAAUUAUCUCGCACUGAAAAGAGUAAAUCAAUUCUUGUUGUUAAAUUAUAUAGACCAGCACUUAUUUUCAAUUGAUUAUGAAUCGGGCCAUCUUCUGGACAAUUUAUUUAUGUCAUAUGAUAUAAAAAAUCUAGGUUCCAUCCCCUCUUGUGUGCACUGUUUUUGUCGUACACCUGUGACACUCCUGAAGAAACUUGCAUGGAUUUGGGGGAACAUGUCAGAACCAUAUCAAAUUAAAAGAUAUGAGUUUAAAUCUCUUGCCCCACAUUUCAUAUUUACUGUUAUUUCUUUAUAUCGGAAUUCAUGUGAGUAGCUGUUUUACAUAAACAUAAUGAGUGUUUUACAUAAUUAAUAUUUGUAACAUUUAGAAACUAUUUAGGCGGAAUGCCUUUCAAUUUUUAUGGUUUGCAUCUCCACAUGUAUUAUACGAGAAAUUCUUCUUUGCAUGGAAGCCAGAAUUUUUCUGCGCCUGAGGACCUUUCAGCAUAUAAUGGUCUAGAACUUCGAAUUAAAGGGGAUGGUCGCCGUUACAAACUUAUUGCGCGUACGAACCCUGGUUGGGACACUGUGGGUUAUACCUGGAGCUUUGACACUGUAAAUGGGGAAUGGCAGACGGUAAGCUUGUUCUUAGUGCUUAUGGGUGCUAAGCUCUUUUUGUGGUGUGGAUCAUUUGAGGUGUUUUCCCUUUUACUUUCAUCUCUUCAGGUUAGGCUUCCUUUCUCUUCCCUAAGGCCUAUAUUUCGAGCACGCACAGUGUUUGGUGCUCCACCAUUCGAUGCAAAAAUCUUAUCGCUCCAGGUAUCUUUCUCUGACUUCCUCCCCAAUUCUAUUGAUAAAAUCCUACCAAAUGGAAGACUAAUUUCAGUGACAUUUAUCUUUCAGCUAAUGUUCAGUAAGUUUGAACAUGAUGGAAAGCUGAACCCUACUUUCGUAGAAGGUUCAUUUCAGCUUCCCCUCUCAAGUAUCAAGGCAUACAUAAAUGAGCCUAUCACUCCCAGGUGAGCAUAUUUACAAUGAUCUUGUUACUUCCAAGUGAAACAUGUUGCAAUCAGGAGUCCAUGUUGAGAUACACAGAUUGCUAACAAAGAUAUCUUAAAAUCAGGAGUCCACAUAAAGACGUCUGAUUCCUUUUAAAAAGGGUUUGUAGGAAAUGAGAACUGGAAAAUGAAAUCCAUCGUUGAAUAAUUUAGCUGAAAAUAAUAAUAAUUAACUCAGCAGGUUUAGAGAUCAAUAGGGAAAUUCCCUCUCGAUCUGUGCAUACUAGAGAUCAAUAGGGAAUUUCCCAUGGAUGGAUUUCCGGAGAACCAUUAUCUAGUAAUAUGGCAAAUUUACAGCAUUUUUUCCCCAGCGUUGAUUACUGAGAUAUAUCGCAUAUUAAGGUGUAUAAUCGGAGACAGAAAUCUGGAAAAACUCAUUCAACUAAUGAUAAUAAUUAUCACUGAAGAUUUCGUAUCAUUUUUUUAAAAUGUAUCUUUCAACAAAUUUCGGAGAUUAAUUUUUUUCCCUAAUGAAGUUCAUCUACUAUAAGCACGUUUUGCACCACCCCCUUUUAUAUGAUUUCUUUGAUUGCAGGUUUGUACAUGUGGGCUCUGCUGGAGUUACGCGGCCUGAAAGGCCAGGACUUGACUUAAGUAAGCAACCACCUGCUGUGCGUUUAAACAAGGAGCUAGAUUUUAUUCUGACGUACAAGUUGAAGGUAAUUAAAAAAAAUAAAUCUCCCAUUCUUUUUUCUUUUUCCUAAAACAUGUUGACAAACAUUGUUCUUGAUUCAGAAAUUGAAAGUGCAUUACGAAAAUGAAGAGUUAGCCAGAAAUUUUAAUUUAUGUUCAUACUUCAAAAUGUGAUCGGAGAAUCCAGGUCUUCUAUAUGAUUUGGCAUUAUACCAAUUCUCUGAGAAUUUUCCACUAUUAAUCAGGCCGUGCUAAGAUACCAUUAUAUAACUACUCUGAUAAUCAUGAAGUAACGUCAUUAGUAGAUAGAUAUCUGCCUAUCUCGAAUCUUUUAAGGUCUCUGCCUAGAGUUAUGAGCAUGUCUCAACCCCUUUGUUGUCAGACUCCGACUUCCCCAUUGAAAUGCUGUAUCCACAUCAUUGAUGCGGGCCCUACAUUUUUGUUCUGGGGAUGUAGGAACUGCUAAAGUGAAUACUGCAUUGAAAACCUUUCAGUCACGGGCUGUUAUUCCCUGACGAUGACACGGUGGAAAUUAUCAAAUUAAAAACAACUAGCAGGCCUAUUGCAUCAUACUACAGGGACUAUCCUUGUGCUGAUUUGGUGCCGUGCCAGGGAGUGUAGAAGUUUGAACUGGAAGAGUUAACCCAUACCAUUUCUUGGAGCAAUAUCAACGUUCUAUAUAAACUUGAUUUUUCAGCUGUAUUAAUUUUUUUAUUUUUUUUAAUAAGCGUUGUGUUGUCUUUCAGGGGGAAGAUUUGAUAAGGGAAAGCGGAAUUCCAUAUACAAUUGUGAGGCCCUGUGCUCUGACUGAAGAACCUGCUGGAGCUGAUGUCAUUUUCGACCAGGGAGAUAAUAUUACGGUAAACUACAAUUUUUUUUUAAUUUUAUGUUAUUUCCUCUAUUGAACUCCAGGUCAACUUCUGUAAUUAUGCAUAAAGGUAACUUAUUACUCUCAUUCUCUCCUUUUAUAUUUCAUAAAUUUGUUGUACUCAGGGUUAGUACGUUACAUGCAAUCACUGAGCUUAUCAUUUCCAGUUUCUCCACUUUCCAGGGAAAGAUCUCGAGGGAGGAGGUUGCUAAGAUAUGCAUUGCUGCUCUUGAAAGCCCAAAUGCCUGUGAUAAGACUUUCGAGGUAAUCCCCUGUUCAUGUCGUUUUUUCUUCAUUUUAGGUUCUAAGAUUUUUUUUUCUUUCAUUUUCGGCUGAUAAUAGAAUGCCAUGUCCCACAAACCCAACUAAAUGAUAAGAAAAUAUUUUUAGUGUCCUGAAUUAUUUAUUUGCAGUUAUGCUUCCUAGAUCAAUGCACGUCUCAUACCCUAAAGUUUAUUUUUUCAUGUAACGCUUAACGGUUUCGGAUUUAUUUUUCGAUUAAUUUGGGCUUCCCGGCAUGAUAUUUCCAGUUUCCCUGAUCUCCAAAGUCAUUUUUUACAUAUUUUUAGCCCGGAAAAUGCCUUUCAGGAGAGAUAUUUCCACUCAUGAAAAAUUCUAUUUCGCAUGAUUUGUUCUUGGAAAGCAGCCCUUUAUAAGGAGGUGAACUGAAUUUUGUCGGUGAUGUUGCAUCAUGGAAUAUAUCUGUCUAUGAAUGGAAAUUUUCUUUCAAUGUUUACAGGUUAAGUCUACCAUUCCAUUCAGUGAGACAUAUACAGUGGAUCCCUCAAGCCCACCUCCCGAGAAGGACUACAGCACAUACUUUGCACCAUUGAGGGAUGGAAUCACAGGAAAAGAGGCCCUGGGGGAGAACCUGGUGGUGUCUUAG